GAAAAAGUCGCAUCGAAGGAAAGAUCCAAUUAGAGACUCAAGAAUUGGUAAAACUCAUUGCAAGUUUGAAUGGUGAACCUACAGAGACAGUUAUAAUACUAAACACAGCUGUGUCAAACAUUAUAUGCACCAUGGUUUUUGGUCAUCGCUUUGAGUAUGACGACAACUUAUUCAAAAGACUUUUACAGAUUUUCAACGAGAACACCAAUGACCACAUGCGACCAGUAUUUUUGUCAAAAUUUUUGCCAUUCCUGAAGUACCUUCCCGGGGACUUGACACAUGCUAAAAGAUUGAAGCAAAAUGUAGAUGAAAUUAAAACUCACAUUCUUGAACCAGAAAUCAAGAGCCACAUAGAAAAAUAUGACCCCAACAACAUCAAUGAUUUCAUAGAUGCAUUUAUUCAAGAAAUGAGAAAGCGGAAAGACACAGAUGAGGAAACUUAUUUUAAUGAUGAACAGUUGAUGUGGAACAUUGAAGACCUGUUCUUUGCUGGGACAGAUACAACUUCAACAACCAUUAGGUGGUUGCUUCUAUGCAUGAUCCGAUACCCUGAUGUCCAGGAUAAAGUACGAGCUGAGAUAUUAGAUGCCAUA